AUGAGUAGCUCUCCUCUCCUCGUCAAGAUCGUGUCUUUCUACACUAUGAAUGGGGUUACAAUGGCGAAUGCCUGGAUUGCCGAAACCACGUCUUUUACAGCCAUGAGAAGUAAUGCUAUCGUUCUCUUGUGCGCUAUGCAUGGUGCGCCGUUGAUCCGAUCCAUUGCCAUCGGUGACUGUAUUCUCUCUGAUGAGAACAACACCUUUCAGCAUUUUCCACAUUUUCGCGCACAGUAUAACAACUAUGGCAUGCUGGUAUGCGAUGCUAAUACAUACCCAGUCGACGAUGACGCUGGUGUCUUUGGUAUCCGUAGUCGAGUGCAGGAACGCACACAAGCACUUGGCAAAACCAUUGAAGGUGAGGUGUGCAAUCCCACUCGAACUGCCGCAAAUGGUAUCACCCGAAACCUGGCUUGCUUGGUGGUUCUGCUGCCAUCGACCAUCGUGCCACUGAUCUUGGUUGUUCUCGAUUUGUAUCGCGUGGAUCUCGAUUAUGCUGACGACAGUAUCGCAUACGGUUCCUACGAAGAGUUCAUCUUGCAAUCAGUGUACUGCAAUGCCCGUAAAGAUCCAAUCGGCAGUCCCAAUUGCUAG